GACGCGCUGAGGAUGUGGGCAGGAAACGCCAUGCAAGAGGGGAGAAGCGAUCACGCUUCCCAGCAACGUUGCACAAUACAGUGCGAUCAAAAUGUGCUUUAAUUUUCCACGCUAAUGUCCAGGAGCGGACACUCUCCUCGGAUCCGGUCACACAGCAGGCUCGGAGGAUCUGCCGGCGUGGGAUUUGACUCCUAUCCGAGCCAGAGGACAGCCUUCCCAGCCUGCUCGGGUUGAAAACAUCGGGGCUGGUCAGCGGGUGGGAGAGAGAGCAGCUCCGUCGCGGAGAAAAAAAAAAGGAGGUGUCUGCCUAUUUUUUUCUUCACCCCCCCAGUCAUGAGGGAGUACAAAGUGGUUGUUUUGGGGUCGGGUGGAGUCGGGAAAUCCGCGCUGACGGUCCAGUUCGUGACGGGCUCCUUCAUCGAGAAGUACGACCCCACGAUAGAGGAUUUCUACAGGAAGGAGAUCGAGGUGGACUCCUCUCCGUCGGUGCUGGAGAUCCUGGACACGGCGGGGACCGAGCAGUUCGCCUCCAUGCGAGACCUGUACAUCAAAAACGGGCAGGGCUUUAUUUUGGUUUACAGCCUGGUGAACCAGCAGAGCUUCCAGGACAUCAAGCCGAUGAGAGACCAGAUCAUCCGGGUGAAGAGGUACGAGAGGGUGCCCAUGAUCCUGGUGGGAAACAAGGUGGACCUGGAGGGGGAGAGAGAGGUGUCCUCCGGGGAAGGCAAGGCGCUGGCCCAGGACUGGAGCUGCCCGUUUAUGGAAACUUCAGCCAAAAAUAAAGGAUCAGUCGACGAACUGUUUGCAGAAAUAGUCAGACAGAUGAACUACUCAACUGUUCCCAGUGGUGGCGACCAGUGCUGCUCAUGUGUCCUGCUCUAAAAACCGUACAGAAACAUCCAGGCUGAGCUUCUGACAUGUCCUGCAAGCUUUCUGCAAAUCUCUCUCCUCACACUGUUGUCUUAUUGUUGCACACAAAUCGACCACGACAACAAUCGAUGAUGUAUUAUAGUCUGGAAAAGUGUUUACAUGACGAAGUACUUGAAUGUUUUGGGAUUUUUUUUUAUAGCUUUGUAUAUGACACAUCUCUGAAAAUGUGCCUCAAUGGGAAUGUCUUAUUGUGAAACCUAAGAGACACCUCUUUUCUGG